CUAUAGAUCCGCGUCUGCCACAAUCACUCAACCAUCUCUCUAAUUUCCAAUUUUCUAAAUAUUUUAUUUAUUUUUUAUCGGCAACCAAAUUCUAUUUUAACAAUAUUUAAAUUUUCAAACAUAAUAAAUAAAAAUGCCACACGCCCGCUUUGCCUGGACUCCAAUCUCACCUGUAUAUAUAAAUCCCACUCUCAUCAUCAACAGACUCAAACUCAUUCAUAUUCUCUCUCCCUCUCUCCCUCUCUCCCUCUCUCACACAAACACACCCACCUCCAAGCCAAGCCCCCUCUGUUUCUUCUGUUUCCUCUGUUUUCUUCUCUGUUUUCUCUGUUGGGUAAAAUCAUGGGGGCGACGCUUCUCCCAGAUCUCGGGACCGAGAUUCUGAUACCGCUGUGCGCGGUCAUUGGCAUCGCUUUCUCUGUGGUGCAGUGGAUGUUUGUCUCUCAGGUCAAGCUCUCGCCUGGUCGAGACGCCAACUCAAACGCCCCCGGCAAAAAUGGCUACAACGAUUACCUCAUCGAAGAAGAAGAAGGCGGUAAUGACCACAACGUCGUCCUCAAAUGCGCCGAAAUUCAAAACGCCAUCUCUGAAGGAGCAACCUCAUUCCUUUUCACCGAAUACAAAUACGUCGGUGGUUUCAUGGUGGCUUUUGCAGUCUUGAUUUUCGUUUUCCUUGGCUCUGUGGAGGGAUUUAGCACAAGUAGCCGUCCAUGUACAUAUGACCAAACAAAGAUAUGCAAACCAGCUCUCGCCACUGCCAUCUUUAGCACAAUUUCCUUCUUGCUUGGUGCUAUAACUUCAGUGGUUUCUGGAUUCCUUGGGAUGAAGAUUGCUACUUAUGCGAAUGCCAGAACAACAUUGGAGGCAAGAAAAGGUGUUGGGAAGGCUUUUAUUACUGCAUUCAGAGCAGGAGCUGUUAUGGGCUUUCUCCUUGCUUCAAGUGGUCUAUUGGUUCUUUACAUUGCUAUCAACGCCUUCAAGUUGUACUAUGGUGAUGACUGGGGUGGUCUUUUCGAGGCUAUAACUGGUUAUGGUCUUGGGGGAUCUUCCAUGGCUCUCUUUGGCAGGGUUGGUGGAGGCAUCUAUACCAAAGCUGCUGAUGUUGGUGCUGAUCUUGUUGGCAAGGUUGAGAGGAAUAUUCCCGAGGAUGACCCAAGGAACCCAGCUGUGAUAGCUGAUAAUGUUGGAGACAAUGUUGGGGAUAUAGCCGGCAUGGGAUCUGAUCUUUUCGGAUCCUACGCUGAGGCAUCGUGUGCUGCUCUUGUGGUCGCAUCCAUUUCCUCAUUUGGGAUCAAUCAUGAGUUGACUGCAAUGCUAUAUCCUCUCAUUGUCAGUUCCGUUGGGAUCCUCGUUUGUUUGCUCACCACCCUGUGUGCAACAGAUUUCUUUGAGAUCAAGGCUGUAAAUGAAAUUGAACCAGCACUGAAGAGGCAGCUCAUCAUUUCCACUGUACUGAUGACUGUUGGAAUUGCAAUUGUUACAUGGAUUUCUGUUCCAUCUUCCUUCACGAUCUUCAAUUUUGGCACACAGAAAGUUGUGAAGAGCUGGCAGCUAUUCUUAUGUGUUGGUGUUGGUUUGUGGGCUGGGCUUAUCAUUGGUUUUGUAACAGAGUAUUACACUAGCAAUGCGUACAGCCCUGUGCAAGAUGUUGCUGAUUCUUGUCGGACUGGAGCUGCCACUAAUGUCAUUUUUGGCCUUGCAUUGGGAUACAAAUCCGUCAUUAUUCCUAUUUUUGCCAUUGCAAUUAGCAUUUUUGUUAGUUUUAGCUUUGCAGCUAUGUAUGGAAUUGCUGUAGCUGCCCUUGGAAUGCUGAGCACCAUAGCAACUGGAUUGGCCAUUGAUGCAUAUGGUCCCAUCAGUGACAAUGCUGGAGGAAUUGCUGAGAUGGCAGGCAUGAGCCACAGAAUCAGAGAGAGAACUGAUGCUCUUGAUGCGGCAGGAAACACCACUGCUGCUAUUGGAAAGGGAUUUGCAAUUGGGUCUGCUGCUCUUGUGUCCCUUGCUCUCUUUGGUGCCUUUGUUAGCCGUGCUGGUAUCUCAACGGUUGAUGUGUUGUCUCCAAAAGUGGUUAUUGGUUUGUUAGUGGGCGCAAUGCUUCCUUAUUGGUUCUCUGCCAUGACGAUGAAGAGUGUGGGAAGUGCAGCUCUAAAGAUGGUUGAGGAAGUGCGCAGGCAAUUCAAUACCAUCCCAGGUCUCAUGGAGGGUACUGCCAAGCCUGACUAUGCUACAUGCGUUAAGAUUUCGACGGACGCCUCCAUCAAAGAGAUGAUCCCCCCUGGUGCCCUUGUCAUGCUUACACCCCUCAUUGUUGGGAUCUUUUUUGGUGUGGAAACUCUCUCCGGGGUGCUUGCCGGAUCCCUUGUCUCUGGUGUACAGAUUGCUAUCUCUGCAUCCAACACGGGUGGUGCUUGGGAUAAUGCCAAGAAGUACAUUGAGGCUGGUGCUUCAGAGCAUGCAAGGACGCUUGGUCCAAAAGGAUCAGAUCCCCACAAAGCAGCUGUCAUUGGUGACACCAUUGGAGACCCUCUCAAGGAUACAUCUGGGCCAUCGCUCAACAUUCUUAUCAAGCUCAUGGCUGUCGAGUCGCUUGUGUUUGCUCCGUUCUUCGCUACGCACGGUGGCCUGCUCUUCAAGAUUUAAGUUUAUAAAGGGUGCAACAGACAAGUGGGAAGUUCCCCUCUGUUGUUUGAUUCUUCGCUCUCUUCACACUCACGAUCCCUUUCUUUCAAUCUCCUCAGCAAAAUAUUAGUCUUUAGAACAUGCUGGUUUAGCUUUUGAAUUAGCUACCAAAAGUAGAAUUGACGAAAGAAAUUUUCCCUUUCUAGGGGGGAUGGGGGUGGUGAUUAUGAUGAAGCUGGUUAUAACGAUGUUGAUGAUGAUGAUGAUGAUAAUGGUUCAACUUAGUGAAGAGUUUGGAUUUUCUUCUAACUCUCCUUUAAUCAUGAUUAAUUAUUGCCCAAUUUCUUA